CCAUCCUUGCAACAGGUUCGCGCCGCGCCCACACCCGCACCCGCACCCGCACCCGCACCCGCACCCGCACCCGCGCUGUCUCGAAAUUUAUAAUACAUAAUACUUUCGAAUACAUUUACGUGCUUUGCGAACAAGCGUUGGCGAAAUCUGUUAACCAAAACAGAAACGAUAAGGAAGCGGUCUCAGCCACUGAUUGUGCGUGUUCUGGCAGCUGGUAUUACUAUGUACUAGAAACAGGAGAUUUAACGACCGGUGUAACAACUACUCGGUUUACAUCAACGUCGCUAGUUGUCAAGUGACCAAUGUUCGUUGCUCUAGUUGCUUUUUCGGAUUGACGCGGUGCGCAUCACGAUAAAUUGAUCGAUAAGUAAUUGAUCAUUGAUCGAACUUUUAUUUCACAGGGAUAUUUGGGAGAGAGAGAGAGAGAGAGAAAAAUGACGAAAAUUAUCUUAUACUCGCACGACAUUAGUCCACCUUGCCGUUCAGUUUUGUUGACGGCGCACGCGAUUGGGGUCGAGGUGGAGAUUCGCGAGAUCAAUUUGCUGACCAGGGAUAACAAGAAGGAAGACUUCUUAAAAAUCAAUCCCCAGCACACGAUACCAACGAUAGACGACGAUGGUUUCGUACUUGCGGACAGUCAUGCUAUUGCGUGCUAUCUGAUAGGUAAAUACGCUAAAGACGAUUCGCUGUAUCCCAAGGACUUGCAGAAACGCGCGUUAAUCGACCAACGGCUUCACUUUGACUGUGGGGUACAUUUCUCAGCUGAAAGGCGUCUUCUUGGAGAAAUAUUCUUAGGAGAACGGAAAACGAUUAGCGAAAGCAGAAGAAACGAAUUGAAGGAAGCGUAUGGAUUCUUGGACAAGUUCCUGGAGGAUAAAAAUUGGCUUGUCGGGGAUUCUUACACCGUCGCGGACAUAUGUUCCGCCGCCACUGCGUCUAGCGGUCUUGUGGUGGUGAACCUGAACGACUAUCCGAAUGUGAAAUCUUGGCUGAAAAGAUGCGAAGAGGAACUGCCGGGUUACAAAGAGUUUAAUGUAUCUGGUGUUAGCAAACUGCAUGCUGCGUUUCGUUCGAAACUUGGCUAAAUCAAAUGAAAUUCUAUCGACUUGACGAUAUUUUAUCGAAUUUUAUCUUAUGCUUGCUUGUAUUGCUUACAAGUUUCAUGGAGAUUCUGAUUAAGUAAAUAUACGCAUAACCGUUGUUGCAUA